ACAUUUUCUAAGCUAUUGUAAGCAGCCCGGACGUUCCUGUAAAUCUGGCCAUUCCUUCCCGUUCCUGAUUCCCUAGAGAAAUCCCACCGUCAACAACUGUAGAGAACUCUCAUUGACACAUCUACGCUUUCGUACAUGAUUGCUUUGAUUUAAUUCAACGUCCGUGACGUUGCUGCUACUGCUGCCCCUGGCUCGAUAAGAAUUUCAUCCACCAGACUUUGGACUACCGACCCCCACGCCAUGGAGAACGCAUUCGCCCAGUCUACGGGACAGGUUCUCAAGCAUUUUUCUGUGCAGGAGCAUAAGGGACUCGAUGAUGCGCAGGUAAUUGCGUCCAGAGCGAAAUACGGGAGCAAUGCUAUUCCCGAGGAACCCCCGACCCCGGUUUGGGAGCUUAUUCUAGAGCAAUUCAAAGACCAGCUCGUCAUUAUCCUUCUCGGUUCCGCUGCUGUAUCAUUUAUCCUCGCCCUUUUGGAAGAUGGAGGUGGCUGGACAGCUUUUGUGGACCCCGCAGUCAUCCUCACUAUCCUUAUCCUAAACGCCGUCGUCGGUGUCUCCCAAGAGAGCAGCGCCGAAAAAGCCAUUGCUGCACUACAAGAAUACUCUGCGAACGAAGCUAAGGUUGUCCGAAAUGGCCAUGUUGCUCGCGUCAAGGCGGACGAGCUGGUUCCCGGAGACAUCAUCACAAUCGCCGUUGGAGACAGGAUACCUGCAGACUGCAGAGUCAUCGCCAUCCAGAGCAACAGCUUUUCCGUGGACCAAGCUAUCCUGACUGGAGAAAGUGAGAGCGUGGGCAAGGAUGUUACGGCUGUCAAGGUGGAGAAUGCUGUCAAGCAGGAUCAAAUCAACAUGCUCUUCUCUGGAACAACUGUUGUCACUGGCCACGCUACCGCAGUCGUUGUUUUGACCGGCCUGUCGACCGCCAUCGGAGACAUCCACGAGAGCAUCACCGCACAGAUUUCCGCACCUACACCAUUGAAGGAGAAGCUCAAUGAUUUUGGAGACUCGCUGGCAAAGGUUAUUACCGUCAUCUGUAUCCUUGUUUGGGCUAUCAAUAUCCGCCACUUCAACGACCCCUCGCAUGGUGGCUGGACCAAGGGUGCCAUCUACUACCUGAAGAUUGCCGUAUCCCUGGGAGUUGCAGCAAUUCCCGAAGGUCUCGCCGUUGUUAUCACCACCUGUUUGGCCCUUGGAACCCGCAAGAUGGCUGCCAAGAACGCUGUUGUCCGCAGUCUCCCAUCCGUCGAGACUCUCGGUAGCUGCAGCGUCAUCUGCUCCGACAAGACCGGUACUCUGACCACCAACCAGAUGAGCGUCAACAAAUUAGUCUAUCUGAAUGAAUCCGGCAGCGACCUCGAGGAGUUUGACGUUGAAGGCACGACUUUCUCCCCAGAGGGUAAAGUCCGUUUCCAGGGGACUCAGGUUACUGACCUUGCUGCCACAUCCUACACCGUGGAGCAAAUCGCUGAAAUAUCUGCUUUGUGUAACGAUGCUCAACUCGCACUGGACGACAAGACUGGCAUCUACUCUAGCGUCGGUGAGCCCACCGAGGGCGCUCUUCGUGUUCUGGUCGAGAAGAUUGGCACCCCAGAGUCCUCAAAGAAGGCCCAAAACGGAAACUCCGCACUCGCAGACCCGCUCAGCAAGUCCAGCUCCUGGUAUGAACGCAGAGCUCCUCGUUUGGCAACAUAUGAAUUCUCGAGAGACCGCAAGAGUAUGUCUGUCCUUGUGGGCGACAAGAACUCUCAGCGUCUGUUGGUUAAGGGAGCCCCUGAGGCUAUCAUCGAACGUUGCACCCAUGCCGUCCUUGGCGCUAAUGGCAAGAAGGUCAAGUUGACUAAGAAACUCUCUGAGCUACUCCUGAAAGAGGUUGUUGACUAUGGUAACCGUGGACUUCGCGUCAUUGCUCUCGCAAGCGUUGAAGAUGUCGAAUCGAACCCGCUUCUCAAGAAGGCCAAGACUACCGAAGAUUAUCUCAAGCUCGAGCAAAACCUGACUCUCGUUGGACUCGUUGGCAUGUUGGACCCCCCGCGACCAGAGGUUGCUGGCUCGAUCAAGAAGUGCAAGGAAGCUGGUAUCAGAGUCAUUGUCAUCACUGGAGAUAACCGCAACACUGCUGAGACCAUCUGCCGUCAAAUUGGCGUCUUUGGCCCUCACGAGGACCUGACUGGAAAGAGCUACUCUGGACACGAAUUCGAGAAGCUUAGCGAAAGCGAACAACUGGAGGCUGUUAACAGGGCUUCAUUGUUCUCCCGUGUUGAACCAACCCACAAGCUAAAGCUCGUCGAGCUCCUCCAAGCUCAUGGCGAGGUUGUGGCAAUGACUGGCGAUGGUGUCAAUGAUGCCCCAGCUCUCAAGAAAUCUGAUAUCGGUGUUGCCAUGGGAUCCGGAACUGACGUCGCCAAAUUGGCUUCCGACAUGGUCUUGGCCGACGACAACUUUGCAACCAUCGAGGUGGCCAUCGAGGAGGGCCGUUCGAUCUACAACAACACCCAGCAAUUCAUCCGCUAUCUCAUCUCGUCCAACAUCGGCGAGGUCGUGUCCAUCUUCCUGACCGCCGCCAUCGGCAUGCCCGAAGCCCUGAUCCCCGUCCAGCUCCUCUGGGUCAACCUCGUCACCGACGGCCUCCCCGCCACCGCCCUCUCCUUCAACCCCCCCGACCACGACAUCAUGAAGCGCAAGCCCCGCCGCCGCAACGAGCCGCUCAUCAGCGGCUGGCUCUUCUUCCGCUACAUGGUGAUCGGGAUCUACGUCGGGCUCGCCACCGUCGCCGGCUACGCCUGGUGGUUCAUGUAUAACCCUGAGGGCCCGCAGAUCAGCUUCUACCAGCUCACGCACUUCCACCAGUGCUCGGAGAAGUUCGCGGAUCUGGGAUGCCAGAUGUUCUCGAAUGAUAUGGCCAAGUCCGCAUCUACUGUCUCGUUGUCGAUCUUGGUCGUCAUUGAGAUGCUCAAUGCUAUGAAUGCCUUGUCGUCGAGCGAGUCGCUGCUUACCCUCCCGCUGUGGGAGAAUAUGAUGCUCGUUUAUGCGAUUGCGUUGUCGAUGGCUCUGCAUUUUGCGCUGCUGUAUACGCCGUUCUUGCAGACGCUGUUUUCGAUUCUGCCGUUGAAUAUGAAUGAGUGGUAUGCUGUCUUGGCUAUUAGUGCGCCUGUUAUCUUGAUUGAUGAGGUGUUGAAAUUUGCUGAGAGGCAGAUUUAUAUUGAGACGAGCUACGCUGAGCCAAAACCGAAGAAGGAGUAGAAUAAUAUAUAGGGGACAAUGUGUACAUUGUAUCAUCAUCAUUUUGCAUAGUAGACAUAGAUUUAAAUGCACAACGUAUCAAGCAAG